GUUGAGAAUGAAGCAUUUAUAACUCCCAACGAUUCGAUCGUUAACCAAGAGGUUCAAUGCUCUCAGUCGACGGGUGGCGAUGUGGCCCCCCCGCCCAAUGCUUUAGAGGAAAGCCAGGGUGCCCCUGCGUCGGAUGAUGGUAGUGUUGGCGAGGAGACGUCUGUGGGGAUCCCGGAUAUCUCGGCUGCUCCGCCUUCUGGUGGUGGGGUUGUGUGUGAUGGAGAGGCGGUUGAUAUUCCUGAGGCUGUUUCUAUUGAUAUGGCAGCAACUAAUGAUCUGGGUGUUGGCCGGGGCGCACCUUCUUUUGUUGCCUCCCCACGCGAGGAUUCUGAUGAGGAUUUCACCACUCCUCCCCCUUCUAAAGUAGGGAAGGCUCCCCUCCAGGAUGAUGGUAAUGCUAACGAUUUGGAUGGAAUGAUUGGGAGGAGAAGUAAAAGGGUCCGUACUCUUUCUACCAAGCUAGAUGGUCGAUUCCAGUAUGAAAAGAAAACGAAGUUGUUAGUUGGUCAUCCAUCCCCUGUUAUCAAUCAAGCUAACAUUUCCGUUGACCCUGAGGAACGCUUCCAAAAUUCACUGAAGAAACUCAAGGCGAUAAGUUCUAUUAGCUUUUGUGGUGGUGUUGCUCUGUCUAAUAAAGAUAUUUUGGAUUUAAUUGACCGGAAGAAAAAUCUUUCAAGCAAGGUUAUGGAUGCUCUCAUCAAGUUUAGUCGUCAUUUGUUGAGGACUGACGAUGUUGAUGGCGAUAAACUUUGUGUUGAAGUCCUUGAUUCAAAGUUUGUUUCUCUAUUCUGCCGUCAAUUCCCUAAGUUUUCCCGAUGCCCGUCCAAAUCGGAGUUCCAAUUCCCACCGUCACUAACCGAUCUCCUUUCCGGUGCUGGGGAGUCUGACCGUGUCCAGUUAUUCACGGACGCUGAUUACUUGUAUCUGCCUUUUAACUUUGACAAGAAGCAUUGGGUAGCUUUAGCUGUUGAUCUUAAAUCAUGGAAGAUCAUUGUCUUGGAUUCAAAUACCCAACGCCGCAAAGAUUCUGCUAUUCAGGAUGAGCUUAUGCCUCUCGCAGUAAUGCUGCCAUACCUUUUCAAACAGGCUGCCUUCAAUCCUCUUAUGAGUAACUGUCUGCUGGAUCCAUUUUCUAUAGAGCGCCCUAUUAUCAUUCCUCAGGUUGCUUCUCCCCUUGAUACCGGCAUCUUCUCUAUAUUCCUUAUCCAUACUCAUGCUACCGGGGGUGUGUCUGAAUGCGUGGAUUUCGAGGUUGGCGGCCUUCAAAGUGAAGUGAAAAAGUUAGUGUCGGCUUUAAUCCUCGUUGGCGGUUACUAGCUAACUCUAAUGUUAUCGAAGUCCUUUUUUCAGUGGUGUUUAUGUUCAUCGGAUCCUGUCUUCCCAUUCUUCUUUAUUUUGUUUAGGUAACUAGGAUUUUAUCCAAACUUGCCCCUUAAUACAUUUCGAAUUGAACGUUUUAUUGUCGUAGCUUCGUAAUUUAUUAUGAGAAAUUUAAUACUCAAUAAAUUCUAAAUUUUUGAUGA